ACGUGUCUUCGAAUAGCGUGUUUUCUUCCAGGCUGGUUGUCCCGAGAGCUCCACACGGUAAACAUGGCGUUGGUCUUCACAGUCAUCCGGGUGCUGCUCGGGCUGUUUUUCACGCUGGCCGGAGCUGUCAAGCUGACCGAUCAGAUCUCAGAAGACGUGUACAAACAGCUGCGCUCUCAGUUUGUUCAGUUUGCGGAGGUGUUUCCGCUGCAUGAUUUGGGGGUGCAGCCGGACCCCCUCCUCUACCUGCAGGUGACCGGCUGGGUGGAGCUGCUGGCCGGGCUGCUGCUGGCCUUCGGACCCCGACUGCUACAGACGCUGAGCAACCUGGUGCUGUCUGUCGUCAUGAUCGGAGCCCUCUUCACCCUGAUAAAGUUGGGGGAGCCCCUCUCGAUGUGCACCCCGGCCACGGUCUGCCUCGGGCUGCUGCUGCUGCUGAUCCUGCGUGGGAGUGGACCGAGGGGCCGCAGGGUCAAGGCAGACUGACCCCUGACCCUUGACCCCUGACCACAGAGACACUGACCACGUGGAACAGAUUACAGUCUCUUCAAGACCAGACACAGAGAUUAACAAACACUCUCCUACACACACACACACACACACACACAGACACACACAUACACACAGACGCAGAGACACACAUACACACACACACACACACACACAGAGACACAGAGAGAGACAGACAUACACACAGAGACACACACAGACACAGAGAGAGAGACAUACACACACAUACACACACUCACACACAGAGAGAGACAGACAUACACACAGACAUACACACAGACACACACACAGACACUCACACACAGAGACACAUACAGAGACACAUACACACACUCACACACAGAGACACAGAGAGAGACGUGUCUGUGUGCCAUGUGAACGAGCUCCACGGCGUGGCUCUGUGUGUGAAGCAGCAGUGUUUGUUUUAAACUCUUUUCAUUGCUUUAUUGAUACAAACGAGUUUUUUUUUUUGUUUUUUUUUACAAUGAAUCCCACUUUUUCUUUUUUUAAUUUGCUGUCUUCAGCAUAUUCUUUAUGAGACGGGGAUGCUCUGAGUGUGACUCGUCUUGGGAUCCUUAUUGAGGUGCUUUCUAUGAGAUGCAUUGUAUUAAUGAAUUAUAUUGAGAUGCAGUGUAUUUAAGAAUUGCAUUGAGAUGCAGUGUAUUAAAGAAUUGCAUUGAGAUGCAGUGUAUUGAGAUGCAGUGUGCUGAGAUGCAGUGUGUUGAGAUGCAGUGUGUUGAGAUGCAGUGUAUUGAGAUGCAGUGUGCUGAGAUGCAGUGUGUUGAGAUGCAGUGUGUUGAGAUGCAGUGUGUUGAGAUGCAGUGUGUUGAGAUGCAGUGUGUUGAGAUGCAGUGUAUUGAGAUGCAGUGUAUUGAGAUGCAGUGUGUUGAGAUGCAGUGUGUUAAGAUGCAGUGUGUUGAGAUGCAGUGUGUUGAGAUGCAGUGUGUUGAGAUGCAGUGUAUUGAGAUGCAGUGUAUUGAGAUGCAGUGUGUUGAGAUGCAGUGUGUUGAGAUGCAGUGUACAGGGCUGGGAGAUACUGUUUGUUUGAAAGACGCUGUAUAAAUAAAAUUUGAUUUGCUUUCUUUCUUAUUGUGUUAUUGUUAGGUGAUGUUGUGUUAUUGUGUUAUUGCUUCUAUUACUAGGUGAUGUUAUUUUAUGUAAUGUUGUUCUGGUCUCUGUUUUCAUCUCAUUCUGUUACAGUAUCACAUCUCUGAACUUGCUGCUCUCGUCUGACACUCUCUUCUCUGCUGUAUAAGUUUCCCUUGUAUUUUAAUAUAUAAUAUCUAUAUUAGCGUC